CCAAACCCUAAACCUUAUUUAGCUAGUUAGCUGCUGCUACAACUUUCCAUCAAAAUCUUUGAACUUUGCGACAAUGGUGAAGAGGAGCAAAAAGAGCAAGAGCAAGCGAGUUUCACUGAAGCAAAAGUACAAGGUUAUAAGAAAAGUAAAAGAACACCAUAAGAAGAAAGCUAAAGAAGCCAAAAAGUCGGGAUUGAAGCAUAAGCGGAAGGUUGAGAAGGAUCCUGGAAUCCCCAAUGAUUGGCCUUUCAAGGAACAAGAGCUCAAAGCUCUCGAAGCUCGUCGAGCUCGGGCGCUCGAAGAACUGGAGCAAAAGAAAGCUGCCCGCAAGGAGAGGGCUAAAAAGAGGAAGAUGGGUUUACUAGAGGAUGAUGAAAAAGAAUUAAGUAUAGAAGAGGUGAAGGGAAUUGAUGUUUCUACUGGAAUUGUAAAUGCCCGGGAUAACUCAGAUAGAGCUUUCUACAAGGAGUUGGUUAAGGUAAUUGAAGCAUCAGAUGUCAUUCUGGAAGUCCUUGAUGCUAGAGAUCCGCUUGGUACCCGUUGUGUCGACAUGGAAACGAUGGUGAUGAAAUCAGGCCCUGAUAAGCACCUAGUAUUACUUUUGAAUAAGAUUGAUCUUGUUCCUCGAGAAGCUGUUGAAAAGUGGCUCAAAUAUCUUAGGGAAGAGUUACCGGCUGUUGCCUUUAAGUGCAGCACUCAAGAGCAGAGGUCAAAUUUAGGGUGGAAAUCUUCUAAAGCAAUGAAGCCUAGUAAUCUUCUGCAAACCAGCGACUGUCUUGGAGCAGAAACUCUCAUUAAAUUGUUGAAAAAUUACUCAAGAAGUCAUGAGAUAAAGAAGUCCAUAACUGUCGGUGUUAUUGGCCUGCCUAAUGUUGGCAAGAGCAGCCUAAUUAACAGCUUGAAAAGAUGCCACGUUGUCAAUGUUGGUGCUACUCCAGGGUUGACGAGAUCAAUGCAAGAGGUUCAAUUGGACAAGAAUGUAAAUUUAUUGGACUGUCCUGGUGUUGUUAUGCUUAAAUCUAGUGGAAAUGAUGCAUCAAUAGCUCUUCGAAACUGCAAAAGAAUAGAAAAGUUGGAUGAUCCGGUUGCUCCAGUGAAAGAGAUUCUCAAGCUUUGUCCAGAGCGACUGUUGGUGACAAUAUACAAGAUCCCGGGCUUUGAAUCAGUUGAUGAAUUCCUUCAGAAUGUAGCCACUGUAAGGGGUAAGCUCAAAAAAGGUGGUAUUGUGGAUGUCGAAGCUGCUGCAAGGAUCAUUUUGCACGAUUGGAAUGAAGGUAAAAUUCCCUAUUACACCAUGCCCCCGGGCCGAAAUCAAGAAGAGCCUUCGGAGGCAAGGAUUGUCACAGAACUUGGAAAAGAGUUCAAUGUUGAUGAGGUUUACAACACAGAAUCUUCAUUCAUUGGAAGCCUCAAGUCAGCAGAUGAUUUUCAUUCUGUUCAAGUCCCCCCUAGCCACCCUCUCAACUUCGAUGAGACUAUACUAGAGGACAAUGCGCGGCCUUUGCCAUCAACUGAAGUUGAUGAAAGCCAAGAAAUUAUAUCCGAUGAGCCAAUGGCUUCAGAAGAACAUGAUGCUGAAAAAGCCAAGUCAAAAUCUACUACAAGCAAGCAAAACGAGAAGUUAUAUGCAGUAGAAGGUAUGUUUAACCCAAAAAUGAAGAGGGCAGAGAAUAAGAGAAAGAAAAAAGCCAAAAAUAAAUCAACAUUAGGGGGUGAUGCCAUGGAUGAUGAAGGCGACUAUGACUUUGGUGUGGAUUAUGUGAAGGGGAAGGGUCAAAAUACUUGUGGGGUGCCAAUGUCAGGUAUUGAAGUUGAUGAGUAGUAAGAAACUAAACAUACCUGGAAAUCUCAAAAUGCUUCAUCAUUUCAUUUAUUUUAUUGACUGUCUAAUUCAGCUCAAUUGAAGCAAGAUGUAAGAAAUUUUGUUUAAUGCUGUCUCUUCUUAAUGUCUUUAUUUGAAUGUUUGUUUUCCACAAACUAAUAGUGAAUUAAUAUGAUUAACAACCUUAUUUAUUGUAGAGGGAUACGCCCUUAAA